AUGGCUCUGGACUCCGGGCUCCCCGUGGCCGAUCCGCUUCUGAAGCUGCUACCGCCGGACUCCAGGGACCGCGGGACGCAGCGCUGCCGCCUGGGCCCUUCUGCCCUCCGCGCCCUGAGGGUGCGCUUGGGCGCUACACUUGUAGUCAUCCUGCCGGACGGCGGCUCCUGCAUCUGCACCGCUUGGCCGCGGCGCGACUUGUCCGACGGCUUCGUGCAGCUUGACCCGGGGUGCGCGAGCCCCGGCGCAGCCACGGAGCCGUGGGGUCCAGGCCGGAGCAUCCGCUUGAGCAGCCUCCGUGCGGUGCCCUGCCCGCCUCUACGGAGCGUCACCGUGUGGCCCGUGCUGCGAGAGCCGCCGGCUGCGGACGGGGCCUCGGUUCUGGAGGCGGCGCAGGAGCUGCUGCGGAACCGGCCCGUCGGGGUGUGCUCAGUGCUGACGGCUCCUCCGGGCUCCGCCGGCCCGGUGGCCGCCGUGCACGUGCUCGGAGGCGACCCCAGUCCAGAGCCCGCUGGGCUAGUCACGCCACGCACCCGCGUCGAGCUGAGGGAGCCCUCGGUGCCCCCGGCCCCGGAGCCACCCGCGGAGGCGACCCUGGGCGGGCUGGGGGAGGCGGCCUCCGCGCUGCGGGAGCUCCUGCGCCUGCCGCACCUGCACGCCCGCGCCUUGGCGGGGCUCGGCGUUUCUGUUCCCCGCGGGCUCCUGCUCGUCGGGCCGCCCGGCGUGGGCAAGACGCAGCUGGUGAGAGCCGUGGCCCGGGAGGCGCGUGCCCGGCUGCUGGCUGUGAGCGGCCCGGAGCUGCAGGGUGCGCGGCCCGGCGAGACCGAGGAGAACGUGCGCCGGGUGUUCGCUCGGGCCCGGGAGCUGGCACGGCGAGGGCCCGCCCUCCUCUUCAUCGACGAGCUGGACGCGCUGUGUCCCCGGCGGGGCGGCUCGCGCGGAGCCCCCGAGAGCAGAGCCGUGGCCCAGGUGCUCACCCUGAUGGACGGCGUGGGCAGCGAGCGUCGCGUCCUCCUGGUGGCCGCCACCAACCGGCCCGACGCCUUGGACCCGGCGCUGCGCAGGCCUGGCCGUCUGGACCGCGAGAUCAUCAUCGGGACACCCACCCUGAAGCAAAGGAAAGAUAUUCUGCAAGUGAUAACUUCCAAGAUGCCUGUCUCCAGUAAUGUGGAUCUGCUUCACUUGGCAGAAAUGACAACUGGCUACGUCGGAGCUGAUCUGGCAGCCCUGUGCAGAGAGGCUGCCAUGCAGGCCGUGCGUCACUCUGGUAAGAAUCCUGAAAAUCCUGUGAUUGAUGCAGCAGAUUUCUUUGAGGCCUUUAAAAAGAUUCAGCCUUCUUCCUUCCGAAGUUUCAUUGGACUAACAGACAUUAAACCUGUUAGCUGGGAACAGAUUGGUGGCCUUGAAGAUGUGAAGUUAAAAUUAAAGCAGAGUGUUGAAUGGCCUUUGAAAUUCCCUCGGGAAUUUGCUAGGAUGGGCCUGAAGCCACCUAAAGGUAUCCUUCUUUACGGACCCCCGGGAUGUGCUAAAACCACGCUAGUGAGAGCUGUGGCCACAAGCUGUCAUUGCUCUUUCGCUUCAGUAAGUGCUGCUGAUCUCUUCUCGCCUUUUGUUGGUGAUUCAGAAAAAGUCUUGGCUCAGGUUUUUCGACAAGCAAGAGCUAAUACUCCAGCAAUUGUAUUUUUGGAUGAAAUUGAUUCAAUCUUGGGAUCCCGAUCCAUCAACAAAACUGAAAAUGGUAUUCAGGAGAGAGUUCUUUCUGUCCUCCUCAACGAAUUGGAUGGUGUUGGACUCAAGACAAUAGAAAGGAGAGGAAAUAAAUUGAGGUUGCAGGAUAACUCUGAGGAGCAGAGAGAAAAUGAGGUACAGUCAGAGCUAGAGUUUCAAGAGGUUUUUAAUCAAAAUGUCAUGAUAAUUGCUGCAACAAACCGACCAGAUGUAUUAGAUGAUGCCUUAUUACGACCUGGAAGACUAGACAAGCUUAUUUAUAUUCCACCUCCAGAUCAGAAGGACAGACUUUGUAUUUUGAAAAUCUGCACUAAAAAUACACCUCUGGGUCCUGAUGUAUCUUUAGAAAACUUAGCAGCAAAAACUGGCUUUUUCUCUGGAGCUGACCUUGGAAAUCUCUGCAAGGAAGCUGCUUUGCUGGCUCUAGAAGAAAAUGGACUGGAAGCAACCACAGUGAGUCAGGAGCACUUUCUGAAAUCACUGAAAACUAUAAAACCAUCCUUAUGCCAUCAAGAUUUGGCUCUUUGUGAAGGAUUUCAAAAACAAGAAUUCUCCAGUUUAGAAAAUCUUUAGUUUACUUUUAUAGUCUUUUCCAUGAAUAAACUAAAAUAUGUGGGGUUUUUUCCCCUACAUUUCAGAA